AUGUCUUCUAUUGAUUUAAGUUUUUUCGACAAUAUUGAUGCAGCGAUGGAAGAGGAGGCUGCAAGAAAAGAAGAAAUACUUCGGCUAGUACGAGACUUUGAUAGGACUUGCCGUACUAUCACUUCUAUCUUGAAUAGAGUUCAUUCUGCUCAGGCCGAGGAAGGUAAUGUAUAUGUAAGUCUUGACAUUUCUGCACGAAUUCUUGUAUUAACCGUAAUUUUGGAUACAGUACCAACAGUCGGCAAAUUAGCUAUUGAUAGAUUUGAAGAAGUUAAACAGCACAUGACAAACCUUGCAAAACUUGUACCUCAUCAGCAAUAUUACAGAUAUAAUGAACUUUGGAGUAGAACAGUUCAGAAUUCAGUUUUUCUUGCAGCAUUUGCGAUCUAUCUCCAAUAUGAAAAAUUAAUAACUGCAAAUGAAUUAGAAUCAUUGCUUGGUGUCAAGAUCAAUCUAAAUAAUGAUCUACAGGACUUUCACAUAUCUCUCGAAGAAUUCCUUCAUAGUUUUAUCACUUUAACUAAUGAAUUGUCUCGACUCGCUGUCAACGCAGUCACAGUUGGUGAUUAUAAUCGGCCAAUUCGAAUCUCACAUUUUGUUCAACAAUUAUAUACGGGAUUCCAACUGUUGAAUCUGAAAAAUGAUGCUUUGAGAAGGCGUUUUGAUGGAAUAAAGUAUAAUAUCAAAAAAAUCGAAGAAGUUGUAUACGAUAUAUCUCUUAGGAAGUUGUCAGAUGAUAAUGAGAUGAAAUAA